AUGAAGGAUGAGCCGGCUACCAGCUCACCUCCAAGCACUCCCACCAACACUAAGCUUAUGACUAUGUCUCCGCCCGACACACCGUUUGCCAGCACCAAGAACCAAAUGCGUGGGAAAGCUGGCCCCGUAUCACACUCACCGAUUCUGCGACAUCGUGCCCGAUCACUAUCGAGCGGUCUUCCCCCACGUGGUCUCGUCGCAUCACGGGUCAAUACCAUCAACAUGGUUAGCCCACUGACUGAUGUAGUCGUUCCCGCACACAGUGACCGCGACACACUGCCAUCUCAGGCAAAGCCCUCUUCACCGACGUCAACGCCUCAAAAUCGCCCCGGUGCACGCUCGGCUCAUAGCUCCCCGCUGAAGCGCAAAUGCAAGAUCGACGACUUCGCUCUUCCGCCGCCCCCGCCGACCGUGUCCGCAAACGAAGCUGCUCAGGACGACAUUCUAGCUGCAUCGAACCUCGUCACAUCUAGUGACAAAGGCAUUGUCCAGAGCGAGAUCUCGAACAACGAACCCUUCAAAACCUCGGAUGACUCCACAGCGGGUACUACACCAUUUCACCGUGGCCAUCGACGAAACAAGACAAGCUUAUCACAGGUGGUCCCACGCAGUGACCCACUAAAGGGUACUGCAUACGGUACGGAAUCGUUUCGUGCGACAGCAGGACAGUAUAGCCAUUGGCCAGCAGAUCCACACUAUACUCCCUCUCCAGACGACUACUCAGGUAUGGACGUCUUCAGCUGCGACACGUCUCCUGACGUGCGUGCUACCAAGCGAAAGUCACUACCAGGCUAUAGCAGUACGACCUCCACCAUGGAGUCAGGCAGGUCGGAAGAGUUCCACGGUUUCACGCUAUCACCGAGGACGACAGUGGACGAAACCAAAGAAGAUGAGCGCUCACCGUCCGUUCAAUCCUACACCCCUAGCUACGCCGAAUCUUCUCCGAGAGCUGGAGCGACAUCCCCAGCGGCUGCGCUAUAUUUGCCGCUUCGUAGGGCCGAGAAGUUCAAUGACACCGAGAGCUUCAACACCCACACAAGCCCCUUCUCACAAUAUGAGUAUGCGCUCUUGCUCUCGAACAUGGAUACCGACGAUGUUCGCGAACUGUACCCAUUGGAAACUUUUGUUCAAGCAAUCGCUCAAGAUGGCUGCGCCAUCCAUGACUGGGCGUCCCCAUGGCCAUCGGAGCAGCCUGUGAAGAAACUCCUUCGCUUUGCUUCCCGGCCAGACUUUGCACCCUCCAUGCACUAUGAGUCAGAAUCGGAUGACUAUCCUUCUCUGCAGAAUCUCCUCGAUCUGGACGAGCAUGGUCCUGAGCCCCGAAGGAGUCCGCUUAGUGCUGUGAAAGUCCCCGAUCAGGCACAAGAUGGUGAGCUUGCGACCCUCGCACCAGUUUCCUACUACCCGGACGUUGGAUCUGAGAUGACUAUCCUUCUUCCGCGGACGUACAAUGCGACUUCCGACGACGAUGAAGAGACUCUUCCUUCACGCACAUACAAUGCGAAUGCUAAUCAUGAGCUUACGUGCCUCCUCCCGUUGACGUACAAUCCGAAUUCUAUGAGCGCACUGGAGAACGCGUCGCCGAUCAAGCGGAAGCCGAUACUGCGAAAGGCCAAAGACAAGUCGCUUCGAUCUUCUGUACCGUCUCCCAGCUCUUCAAACUGGGUGGUGCAUGAUGGAUACGACAGCGAGGAGGAUCUCUGGACGAAACCCAGCAGCGGCGCUCCGCUGAAUGUGGAAGCCUCGGACCUUCACCAAUGCGAUGAUUUGGAUGACCGCGACGCUGACGUGGAGCCAAUCCACAUUGAGAAGAGGCAUUAUCGCAAUGGCUUGAAGACCACACAUGAGCAAACCGCGAACUCUGUCGGUAAGUUCAUUGAGCCGCGCUCAGAUGCAGAUGUUAUCAAGGAACCCGUACCUAUCGGCUCGAUCAAUCGUCGCCCACUCCCAACUAUCAGUCAUGUUCUGAACCCUCCACUCCCAGCCAACACCGGUGUUCUGAACCUCGACUUCCAGUUUCCAUCCCGAAAUCCGCAGCAGCAGCGCGGUGUCAGCAUGCCGCUCUUUCCCCCGCCUUCUGCUGUGCGUGCUCAAGAAAAGAAGAAUGCGCGGCGCAAAUCGUUCCGUCAAUUGCUAGGUGCUACUGGCAACAAGGAAGGUGGUACCGAGACGACAACGAGCGGAGAUAAGCCGAAGAAGUCGCUGGGUCGACGCAUCAGUCAGAUGGGCAGGAGACUUUCGUCGAUAUGGUCCAAGUAG